CAUUAAUGCCACCUUUACCUUUCAGUUCUGGCGGGAGUGGACCAGGGACAAGACUGCUGCAAGUUCAGAGGAAGAUAGGUCGGGGAGUGAUGAUGAUCUCCAUGGUGCAGAGGACGACAGGAUGAAAUCGGAUGCGAUACUGUGCCUUGUGUUCCAAUUCUAAUAAUCUGUGCAUCACAACCGAGAGUGCCCAGUGUUGACGAACGGAAACACUAUGGUACAGUCGGCGGGAGUUGGAUCAUGCGCAAUGGUCGGCAGCGAAGGUUACUGGUUCUAAGGAUGUCCUGGCGUGCGGCAGAUGGAUUUGCGGAUGUGCAGAGAGACCAUGGGGAUAAAUCAAAAAUAAACUAGUCAGCGGCAGUUCUCACUCCCCGGCGUAACCCCACUGCCAUGGCGGGGAUCCUCCUGCUGCUGGUGCUUGUCUGCGCGGCUUCUGCAAACCCAGCAGCUGAGGAUGGUUUAGCGGCAAGUCCGGGUGCCCGGGAACCGGAGCCGGAGAGCGGGAGGAUGGGCCUGGAGAAAAGCGGGCUGCAGCUGGAGGAAUCGAGCACUGAGCAGCACCAGGAAUCCUACAGUACCUUCGCCGCUGAAUUCUUCGAGACCCGGUACUGGGGGGAUGAAGGUUAUGCUUUCCCAUCCCCUCCUCCAGUGGAUCCUUUUGCAAAAAUUCGGGUAGAUGAUUGUGGAAAAACUAAAGGCUGCUUUAGGCUGUCCCUACUUACCGAUUGUAGGUAUGGGAAACCUGGCUGUGAUGCAGACACGUGUGAUUACUUCCUCAGUUACCGCAGGAUAGGUGCUGAUGUGGAAUUUGAACUAAGCGCUGAUACAGAUGGUUGGGUUGCAGUUGGAUUUUCAUCAGACAAACUAAUGGGAGGUGAUGAUGUAAUGGCCUGCGUGCAUGAUGACAAUGGCAGAGUUCGAAUCCAGCACUUUUACAAUGUUGGACAGUGGGCCAAAGAGAUAAAAAGAAAUCCAGCCAGGGAUGAAGAAGGCAUUUUUGAGAACAACCGAGUGACUUGCCGAUUUAAACGACCAGUUUAUGUCCCUAGAGAUGAAACCAUCAUUGAUCUUCAUUUGAGCUGGUACUACUUAUUUGCAUGGGGACCUGCCAUACAAGGUUCAAUCACUCGACAUGACAUUGACUCUCCACCAGUAUCUGAAGAUGUUGUCAGCAUCUACAAGUAUGAAGAUUUAUUUAUGCCUUCUGCAGCUUAUCAAACCUUCUCCUCUCCUUUCUGCCUGCUUUUAAUUGUUGCUCUGACAUUCUACAUACUAAUGGGGACUCCAUAACUAAGUCGAUGCACUAACAGAUUGGUUUAAAGCAUACUUGACUGUGGAGAAUUUCAGCAGGAGUGAAAUGAAUACACAAGCUCUGUUUGGAAUAAAUUUUCUGAUGGAUCACCCACUGAAAAUGUACAAUUUGACAAUAUCUGUUGGGAACUGAUCAACAAAUUGUCAAAUGAUAAAUACCUUUGGGUAGUAAGAGUUUGAGCCCUGUAAGGCAUGUUUGUAGAACAAUUGUAGAUUGACAGAACUGUACGAUGUGUUUCCUUGGUCUAGGAACAGAAUGCACUAUUUUUUUCAGUCAUUAAGUCAGCAUACGCUGCAAGUGCCAAGAAGCCAAUUCUAGAAGAGCGAAUAACAUUAUUCUGAAUGUAGGUUCCUAGCUAACAUGCAGCUUAGGUUGUUUGUUGUGCCUGUAUUUUGUAAGAUCUUUUGUUUUAUACUGUUUGUUGAAAAUUCAGUUUACCAAAUCUUGUCACUUUUAGCUGUUAAGUUUAACCAAAUCAAAAAUGAAAAGAAUGUUUGAACAAAUACAAGCAUUUCUAAAAUUCUGUGUAAAUAACUAAUCUAGAAGAUGUUCAUAUCUUAUUUAUUUACAGAGGAUUCAAAUUGUAGUGAAAUAUUAACUUCUUUCAAAACUUUUACUUUGUAUAAAGGGUAAAACAGCUAACAAAUUAUUAAUGUAAUAUAAUGCAAGAGCCAACGAAACAGUUGAAAUGUAGAAUAAGCAUUAAUGGUCAAGUAGUUCUCAACAAUUAAGUUUCUCAAGUAACUCUUUUGCUAAAGGUUUCCAAUUAUCUAAAAUAAUGUGCAACUGCAUCUCAUUAUUACCAUCCAACAGUAUUUUGAAAUCUAGAAAGAGUAUUCUACAAAAGGGACUGAGACAAAAAACUGGUGAUUAUAUUAUUAAAAUAAAUUAAUUUCUCUGUGGAUUCUAUUCAUUGUAAAUUAAGAUCUCAUUGUUUUUAUGAUAAAAAGAACAGAUUAUUCUGAAAACUCUCUCUUCCUCUUUAAUCCCACAAACAGAAAAUUGAAGGUUAUAAGUAAAUAUGACAUAUAAUGGCUGUAUCUUGAGAAAUUUUGAGAGGUGAAUUUUGGGGGAUUGAAAUGCUAAUAGAGGGGAAUAGGUGAACAUUUAAUCAUUGAUGGGAGGGUGAUUUUAGAGAAGUGGGGAAGAGGGUUUUUAUACAGUGAACAGGAAGGUGAUGGAAAGAACUGACAAAUGAGAAAGCAUUUGAAGAAUAAUAGGAUUUAUUCAAGCAAUCCCUAUAUUUAUACAUGCCAACAUUUGAUUAAAGAUUGUGCCCAUAAUGAAUUUUACAACUUAUAAACAAAAUUAAACUCUAUCCUUAAGUUCUGGUUGCCCAAACAUAAUACGCCAACAGCUAAUCAGAUGCUCUCAAUUUCCUCUGCUAGUCAAACUUCUAUUUCAUGCCAUAAUUCUAUAGUUUACAAUUGAUCAGAGGACUGUAUACCUGCAAGCUAUUUUGGUAAUUGAACAUGCUGUUAUCAAUUGUUUCCAAAUUUGAGUGGUAUUUAUAAUUCUUUUUAUUAAAUCUGUGGCUUAUUGUCUAAACAAACUAAGUUAAAAUGUGAAGAUAUUCAGUUCCUCCUUUCUUACAAAGAAACUUGUACUCCUUAUCAUCACAUCUUAUCUAUUCAAUCCCUUCUGUGUGUCUAUGUUCACAUUUUAUGCCAUUUAAACAGUUAAUAAAUAAAUCAACUAAUUUUGCCAAUUGCAGUAUUCCCACAAUGACAAAAUAUUGCUGGGUUCUGACUAAACAUUACUAUUUCAUAUUUAGAUUCCUUAGCCUCACUGAGAAGCAAAUCUAGUAAACAUAAUGUUCAACAAAAUUCCUUGAUUGACCUAAUUAACUUACUCCAAGACAACCUUCUGAAUCAUAAAUCCAUGUCAGUGGAAGUAAAGGUUAUGACAACUUUGAAUUUUAAGCAACUGCUGGUAUCCAGUCAUUCAUUGGAAAUAUAUCAAUGCUGUCAGUUGUUGCUUUUGUAAAGUUCAUUAUUCCUAUGCACACAGCCAUAUAAUAUUCAGAGGUUGCAACAGUUCAGUCACAUUGGCGUGCAUCCCAAUUAAUUGCCUACAGUAGAAACACUUACUUAAAGACAACCUAAUUUGUCUAAACAUUGCGGGUAGGAGUUAAUUAGACUGGGUCCUCGCAGGCAUAAAGUAUGUAGUGCAAGGGCUGUCCAUAAUAAACAUUGAAAAUAUAAUGCAUAUGCCUCAGCAAUGGUUCUGAAGACUGGAGAGUUUUCUGAAACACUUUUGAAACUUAGUCUCCUCAGCAGCACAGAGUGGGGGAUCAUUAUAUUCCAUACUUAAUCCUUGCAAAAUUAUAUUUGUACCACAUAUUGUACAGCACUGGAAUCUACACAGCUUCACUGGGAUGUCAUUAAGCUUUCAGAAGCUUAGACUGAAAUUAGGGUGCAGAGUCAGUAAUAUGAGUCUAUACCCUACUGCCAGAGAUAUACAAGAGAAGGUUAUCUGCUGAUUAUUCUCCUAAUGUUAAUGCUGGGACAGAAUUCUAUCUAUUCUAGACAUGUGUCAGAAGAAACAUUUCAAUUUCUAAAUCAUGGACGAGAAUGUGAAAAUUGUAUUUUCUUCAUGUUUGUGUUUUGUUCUCAAAUUGCAUGUGAUUCCUUGAUUUGUGAUCCUGUGGUUCCACGUCUUUCUGUGCACCACCUGAGACUUCCUUCUCCCACACUCAAUUAAUGGCUACACCCUUCCUCAGCAACUAGAGUGUUGAAUUAUUUGCCAGAGAUCAAAUCAAAACUGCAUAAUUUCAAAUGGCUUAUGGCCAUUUUUCAGAAUGGGAACAUGUAGCACUAGCAUCCACCUGCAUUUUUGUUAAGAAGUCAUCUCUAGAAUUCAUAAUGCUCGACCUUCCAACUGAAUGUAGAGUUGAUGUACGGUUAUCAACCUUUUUAUUUCUGAGUAACCUGAAAUACUAAUCAGCGUUCCUACCCCUCAUAGCUACAAAAUUUAGCAAUCAGCCUCCCCACUACUCCAUCUUGCCUUCAGCACUGGGUAGUAUCUCUAUAUACCUUUCUUUCACUGACCAUGAAUAACUGACAAACUAACAUGUGACUACUUAAAUUCCAAUGCAACCUUGUCUGAUUAAAACUCAUUUGAGUUUGAAGGCUGAGAUAACAAGGCAUCAGAGGAGCAGGAAAGCUGACGUUUUGGGUCUGGACCCUUCUUCAGAAACUUGAAAUGUCAGCUUUCCUGCUCCUCUGAUGCUGCUUGGCCAGCCGUGUUCAUCCAGCUCUACACCUUGUUAUCUCAGAUUCUCCAGCAUCGGCAGUUCCUACUAUCUCUGAUUUUGAAGGCUACUGUCUUUCCCUGUUAAAGUUGCAGAGAUAAAUGGAAGGGAGGGGUGCAAAAUAACAAGUGGGGAAAGAAACAGAAACACAAACAAAAGUGCCAAAUGAAUAGAAGUAAAAUGGUGUAAUAUACUAACUCUGAGAUGUACAAAAUAGAUUGGAAGCUGGCAUUGGUGAUGGUUUGCCAAAUGUGAAAGUAAUUUUGUCGGUUACGGUCCUCUCACUAGUUAUGAUCUGUCAAUCUGAGAUAUCUGCAUUCUGCGAUGUCCCGAGAAACUAGAAGUAUCUGUCCUCCUCUUUUAGCUAAAAGAGGCCUUCCUGAGGACCUCCAUUUUGAAGCCUCCAGUAGGUUUCCCCUUGUCAUAGAGUCAUACAGCAUGGAAGCAGACCCGUUGGUCUAAGAUGACUAUGCUGACCAUAAUCCCAAACUAAAGUAGUCCUGUAUGCCUGCACUUGGCCUAUAUCACUCCAUACAUUUCUUAUUCAUGUACUUAUCUAAAUGUCUUGUAUGUUAUAACCAUACCCACAACACCGCAUCCUCUGAAAGUCCAUUCCACACAUGAACUACUCUCUGUGUAAAUAAAUUGCCCCUUAUGUCUCUUUAAAAUUUUUCUCCUCCCCUUAAAAAUAUGCCGUCUGGCUUGCACCUCCCCCACCCUAGGGAAAAGACACCUGCCGUUAACCUUAUCUACACUCUUCAUGAUUUAAGAGACCUCUAUCAGGUCACUCCUCAAUCUUCUACACUCCAGUGAAAAAAAAGUCCCAGCCUCCUUAUAACUCAAACCUUCCAUUACCAGCUACAUUCUGGUAAAUCUCUUCUGAAUCCUCUCCACCUUAAUAAUAUCCUUCCUAUAACAGGCAGCCAGAAAUGGACAGGGUACUCCAGAAGAGGUCUCACCGACAUCCUGUAUAAUCUCAACAUGACAGCCCAAAUCCUAUAUUCAAAGAUCUGAGCAAUGAAGGUAAGCGUACUAAAUGCCUUCUUAAUCACCCUAAUUUAUUUAUGACACAAACUUCAAAUCUCUUUGUCAAAGGUCACCUCUCCUGUUAAGGCUGUCAGCCUGACAUUGCUGCGGGCCCUUUGUAUUGAGCAUCCCACUUCCCUCGUCCGCCUGUCUUCCUUAGUUUUAUAUUGCUGUCAAAUGUGGUUUAUUAAUUGGAUGCCCUUGAGACCAAUGUCCCACCACAGCCAUUUCCAAAUUCUUAACACUAGUUAAACCCAAUGUUGAAAAUAUAACAGAACCAGCAAAAUUCAGCUCAUCAAAUCUUACAAUACAAAAUGAAAUCAUUCAUCUCAUUGAGUUUGUGCCAACUCUUCGAAUAAGCUAUUGCAUGUUUCCCAAUAGCUCUAUAAUUUUACCAUUUCAAGCAUGUAUCCAAUUCACUUUUGAAAAUUAUUAUUGAAGCUUCCUCUAACAUCCUGUUGAACAGCGCAUUCCAAGUCCUAUUAACCUGUCAUGUUUAAAAAAUAGUUUUCACCUUCACUGUAGUUCCUUUGUCAACUAUCUUAAAACUACACCUUUUUGUUAACUACUGACUAUACUGAUUAAGACUGACUGUGAUAUGCUAACGAGAUAGUGUCCAUUAUCGCAGGUUUUGAUGCAAUUAUGAGUGAUCACAGUCUCUCGCGCAGCAUUUUGAAGCCACUAUAAGAUGUUCCUUAAAUAAAGUUAAUGUUUUCCUUCAACAUCUUUGUAAAUAGUUUUUUUAUCAGUACAAGACUAAAAGUAUUAUAACUUUGUAUAAUGGGAACAGUAAUUCUCAUUUAUUACCAGUAUUAUCAAACUCCUUUAUAGUUAGAAACACUUACAAACUCACUGUUCUCUUCUCUGAAAAAUCUCCGGUUCUCUAGCUUCCCCGUUUUCAUAAAUUUAUUUUGUACCCUCUCCAAGGGCUUGACAUCUUUUCUCAAGUGUAGUACACAUGAAUAGGCAGCACAGUGCAAGCUGAGGCCUACUGAGAAGAAAACAACAGUGAGACGGGUAUAUGAGAUAUUGGUCUGACUCGUCUCUUUCAAAAUGGAGCUCCAGUUUGACUAAUAUGCUCAUUUCCAUGACUUACUGUUUACUGUUUUAUUCCUUCUGGGUAACCAGUGAUGUAUAAGAACCAAAAACAAAAACAGAAGCUGCUGGUAAAUCUCAAAACUGAAGAAGGGUUUGUGGACCCAAAACGUUAACUCUGAUUUCUCUCCACAGAUGCUAUUAGACCUGCAGUGCUUUUCCAGCAAUAUCUGUUGAUGUUUCUGAUUUCCAGCUUCUGUAUUUCUUCUGGUUUUUACUUAGUGAUGUAUGAACGUUUAGCUCUUGUGCCUCUAUUUACAAAAAUAAUGAUAGACUUGCGUAUGAUUUUCAAACCUGUCCUGCCACUUGCAAUGGUUUGUGAAAUCCCACAUCUGUUAGUUCUUGCACUUCAGUUAAAAACCAUAAAUAAAACUGUUUCUCAUUCUUCUUUGCAGAUUUGCAUUGCAGUGUGAUUAAACAAAGUUGACUUUAGCCACUUCCUUAUAGGUGAAAUAAGGAUCGAUUAAAGUGUGCUUAUUUUCACACUUAACAUUAAGAAGAAAUUGUGACUAGUAGUAGCUUCAUAAAUGCAAACCUUUUCAAAAUUAUUCUGUCUGCCUGUUGUGAACUACUUAUGAGUGGUUUGUAUAUUUCUCCAGUUGAUGUAAUAACUGAAGCUUUAGCGUUAUGGCAAUGAGUGUCAUUUUAAUGUAUUUUAAAAUAGAAUAAAUGUAUAGCUCUGAAAAUCUGUCGAGGAGACCAAUCUAUUCUUUUGUUAUAUUUCUAUUUAAAAUUAUGCUACUAUUGCAUGGUACUGACAACUGAUUCUGGUGAAUUUGUUUAUGUCAUCCUAAGUGAUAGUCUUCAUUAUUGCAUAGUUAUUUCUAAAAAUAUGGUAUGACUGUUGAUGUACGCAGAAUUUUAAGUCCUAAUGUUAUCAAUAUGGCUUGAUACUAGCUAAUAAAAUAAAAUAAACUUGA